CCUCCUCCUUCUCCUCCCCCCUAGAGCGGCGCCUCAGCGGGGCAUUAAUGCGGGAUGAGCGAUCAAAAGAAGGAGGAAACUAUGCCCACAGAGGGAGAGAAAUCUCCCGAGGCAGAGAAUAACAACAAUAAUAAUAAAAAAGGGAAAACUGGAGGCUCACAGGAUUCUCAGCCGUCACCUCUUGCUUUGCUAGCAGCCACUUGCAGCAAAAUAGGAACUCCUGGUGAAAAUCAAGGAACUGGACAACAACAGAUUAUUAUAGACCCAAAUCAAGGUUUGGUGCAGCUUCAGAAUCAGCCACAGCAGUUGGAAUUGGUAACAACUCAGCUUGCUGGAAAUGCUUGGCAGCUCGUUGCCGCUACUCCUUCUGCUUCAAAAGAAAAUAAUGUUCCUCAACAAGGAUCUUCUGUUGCCUCAAGUGCAGCAAGUCCCUCCAGCAGUAACAAUGGAAGUACAUCUCCUUCAAAAACCAAAUCGGGCAAUUCUUCUUCAACAACCCCUGGACAAUUCCAAGUCAUUCAAGUACAGAAUCCAAGUGGUAGUGUCCAGUACCAAGUGAUUCCACAGAUUCAGACAACGGAAGGUCAAAUCAAUCCAUCCAGCGCUACUGGUCUGCAAGACAUACAGGGUCAAAUUCAGCUUAUUCCUGCAGGGAAUAAUCAAGCUAUCCUCACAACUGCAAACAGGACAGCUUCGGGAAAUGUUAUUGCUCAAAAUCUGGCAAAUCAGACAGUUCCAGUCCAAAUUAGGCCUGGUGUUUCCAUACCACUACAACUGCAAACUAUUCCUGGUACUCAGGCGCAAGUUGUAACAACCCUACCUAUCAACAUUGGUGGGGUAACCUUGGCUUUGCCUGUGAUUAACAACGUUGCCACUGGAGGAAGUUCAGGGCAAGUUGGGCAGUCUACUGAGAGCGGCGUUUCCAAUGGAAAUCAGCUGGCAUCUACACCUGUCACUUCUGCCUCUGGUAGCACCAUGCCAGAGUCUCCUUCCUCAUCUUCCACAGCUACAACCACUGCCUCGACAUCUCUGACUAGCAGUGACACACUGGUAAGCUCUGCAGAAACAGGCCAAUACACAAGCACAGCAGGCAGCAGUUCAGAGCAGGCGACUGAAGAACCUCAAACAACUGCUACAGACUCCGAAGCGCAGAGCUCCAGUCAGCUUCAGUCCAAUGGACUACAGAACGUUCAGGAUCAGUCAGGUUCCCUUCAGCAGGUCCAGAUCGUAGGUCAGCCUAUUCUGCAGCAGAUACAGAUCCAGCAGCCUCAACAGCAGAUUAUUCAGGCCAUUCCUCCACAGUCAUUUCAGCUCCAGUCAGGGCAGACUAUACAGACCAUCCAGCAGCAGCCUUUGCAGAAUGUUCAGCUACAGGCGGUGAGCCCAACUCAGGUGCUCAUCAGGGCUCCAACUUUAACACCAUCAGGACAGAUCAGCUGGCAAACUGUGCAGGUUCAGAAUCUGCAAAGCCUUUCAAAUCUGCAAGUUCAAAAUGCUGGGUUACCCCAACAACUAACCAUUACCCCUGUGUCUUCAAGUGGUGGCACAACCAUUGCCCAGAUUGCUCCGGUGGCUGUUGCCGGUACCCCCAUCACUCUGAAUGCUGCCCAGCUUGCUUCAGUACCUAAUCUUCAAACAGUAAGUGUUGCCAACCUGAGUGCUGCAGGUGUUCAAGUUCAAGGAGUUCCUGUUACCAUUACCAGCGUUGCGGGUCAACAGCAAGGACAGGAUGGAGUAAAAGUGCAGCAGGCCACAAUAGCUCCUGUAACCGUAGCAGUAGGUGGCAUUGCUAAUGCAGCAAUUGGUGCUGUUAGUCCCGAUCAGAUAACACAAGUGCAACUUCAACAAGCUCAACAAGCUUCUGACCAGGAAGUGCAGCCUGGCAAGAGACUGAGAAGAGUUGCCUGCUCAUGUCCUAAUUGCAGAGAGGGAGAAGGAAGAGGCAGCAAUGAGCCAGGAAAAAAGAAACAGCAUAUCUGCCAUAUUGAAGGGUGUGGAAAAGUUUAUGGCAAGACAUCUCAUCUUCGGGCACACCUGCGCUGGCACACCGGUGAAAGACCAUUUGUCUGCAACUGGAUUUUUUGUGGCAAACGAUUCACGAGGAGUGAUGAGUUACAAAGGCAUAGAAGAACCCACACAGGUGAGAAGAGAUUUGAGUGCCCAGAAUGUUCUAAAAGGUUUAUGCGAAGUGACCAUCUCUCGAAACACGUGAAAACUCAUCAGAACAAGAAGGGUGGUGGAACAGCCCUUGCUAUUGUUACCUCAGGAGAACUGGACUCUUCAGUUACUGAGGUUCUUGGUUCUCCAAGAAUUGUCACUGUUGCUGCCAUUUCUCAAGAUUCAAACCCAGCAACCCCUAACGUUUCAACAAACAUGGAAGAAUUCUGAAAGGAUCGUUUAUAUGGACACCUAGUGCUGCACUUAAGUUUACAUACCUUUCAGGAUAUGGAAGUGGGCUGGUAAAGUGGAUUACAGAGCAGGAAAUCUUUUUUCAGUCAUGACUUCUGUAAGUGUUCCAAGUUGGAGGGUCAGCAUGGGAAGUGUACACCGGUGCAACAAGACAAAAAUUUCAAAAAUACAAACAGCGCAAAUUGAUGACUGGAUAAACAGAUAGAGGAAUAAUAUUUCCAUACUGUACUUUUUUAGUUAAAUGUCUGUAUAUUCUGUAAUGAUUUUAAGUGAACUUUACCCCCCUAUUUUAGCACUGUAUGUUAAUGUGUUUAUAAAAUCAGAUAGUAUCAAUGUAAAACUGGGUGGACCUUGACUAGGAUUAAUACCAUUUGAUGAAGGCACUUUGGUUUUAACAUAAAUUUGUAAUAUUUUCAUGACAGCAUCCUUUACCCAUAAGGCACAGCAAAACAGAAUACAGGAUGAACAAUAGUGGAUAUAUUUUGGGGUUUUGCUCAGUCAAUACAACACAUCGGUUAAUUUUGGCCAUCUUUUCUCAAGUUUUGGAAUUACUCAAAUAGCAGCUGAGUGAUGCAUGCUGCAAAGUGAUUCUGAGGUGGGCCUCAGAUUAAUUUUGACUACUACAUUAUAGUAGUGUGUAUAAAUGACAAUCAGUGGGUUCUAAUUCCUCUCUUCAUGUGGAGAGCUAGGUUACGUAGAAUUGGUGUAAACAGUAGGAAAGAUAAAACCAUAGAAAGAUAUUAACAUAAGAUUUACAAAAGCAAUGAUAUCUUUAUGUAGAAUGAAAAAAACUUGUGUCAAUUUUUGGUAAUUCAUUUCAUUUUUUAUUUCCCUGCCCAUGGCAAGGAGGUUGGAACUAGAUGAUCUUUAAGGUCCGUUCCAACCCAAACCAUUCUGUGGUUCUAUGAUUCUGUAUUUUAAAACAUCUGUGACCCAUUUCUAACUCAUAGAUAACUUGAAUCCUAAAAGCUCGACCUUAGGUGUUUGACUGUUUAAAUUUUGUUAGAAUCAUGGAAAUCAAUCAGACAACUGACUGUUGUCCAGUAUCUCCUCUCUGUAAAUACUAGUUUAUUAUGUUGUGGUUAAUGUGCUGAGUUCUUUGUGCUUUGACUUAAUAGCCAAAGAAAAAAAAUUAAUUAUCACAUUUUAAUAAGAAAAUAAGUAAGUAAACAUUUUCUCUUUCCCCUUAAAUAUUACCAUUUCAUUUUUUCUCUUCGAGGAUAAUAUGUAGGCUGGUAGUAAAUAUCUGUUACCUAUCAAGUCUUAUAUUGACCCUCCAACCACAAAACAAACUGGGAAAAGAGAAAUAUUAUCAUCUUUUUGGGACAUGACUUUUGGUUUCAAAGGUUUGGUUACAUUUUCAAAUGUGACAGUGAAUAUAGAGGAAAUGUGGAAAAAAAAUAUAAAAAAAAAAGAAAAAAACAAAAAAACAACAAAAAUUGUAUUUUCUAUGUGAAAAUUCCAGUAGGUACAAGGAGGAAAGAUGGCCAAAUAUUUCAUACUCAGGAUUUUUAAUUACUUCCCCUAAGCAUAGGUAUAACCUUUUACAUCUACAGUCGCUUAUUAAUAAAUUCUCAUGACCAGUUUUUAAGGAGAUUUAUACACCAAAAUAUUUUUAAUGUAAUUGAAGGAAGUACAGUGCAAGAAGAACAAGAUGUUGUUCUUUCCCCAACAAAUUAUGAAAGAAGAAUGUGUGUGGUAGCUGUUGGUUUGCGAGACAUAACAGGUACCCUAUGCAUUCCCUAAAGAGCAUAUACUUCUCCUCUGAGCAAUUGAUCAAUCUUGUGGUGUUUUCUGUAUUUUUGAAGCAAAAGAAAUAUCAUUGUUUACACUGUGUACACUUUAGGCCAGCCCUUUGUAGCAAAAUACUAAGCUGAGGGUAUUUUAUACUUUCAGUUUACAGAAAAAGCUUUGAGAUUAAAGAAAAACAAUUUUACACUGUGGUUAUGAAUUUCAAGUUUCUUAAAGCUUUUUUAGACUUGUAACAGAGUCUUUAAAUUUUAGUUGGGUUUUGUACAUUAUUUUGUAUAUUUUAUUUAAAGUACUCUUAACUGAUGUAUCUGGAUUUAAAACGUCAGAAGCAAUUAGGUGUUACAUUUAAUACAGAUGAACAUUAGGUAGUAUUAACUGUUAAUUUUAUUAUAAAGGAAAUGAAAUGUCAAAGAUAUAUUUUAUCAUUAUGCUUCACAAUCAGUGCUCUACAUUACUUUAUGCAAAGAAGAACUUUCCUAAUGUUAAUAUUUCCUAAAAGUUAACAGUUUUGUAAACUGAAGUUACAAACAUUCUGCACAACCAUUUCAUAUGUAAUUUCUUCAUGCAUACUUAUGUAUGCAGAUAGGAAACUGAAGUAAUUUUUAAUCUGCAAUGAAUCCCUAUUAUAGAUUUAUCCAAAUCUAAAUCUGGUUGGCUUCAUAGCAUCUCAAGUACAUUAACUUGUGUUAGCAGGUGCACAUUUUACCGCUGGAAUUAGAAACAUUCUACCAGUCUGUUCUGCAUACCAUUCUGAAUCCACUUUUCUGUCUUAAAAGGAUCGUAAAUUUCAAUGUCCUUUAUUUGACUCAGUGGGAUAUAGCUGUUGUAAGUAAUAGGGCACAGAUGUGCAGUAGUAUCUUGUUUAAUGGCAUUUCACUGUUCAUUCCCUUUGCCACCGUUAAAAAAUUUGCUUUAUUGUAAUUAUCAGUGCAAAGUGUAUUUACCAUGGUAGAACUCCAGUGUUAGAAUAGUUUUUUUCUUACAAUAUACUUUCUUUGGUUAGGUUUGUGUAUGUGUUGCCGAUUACAUUAGCAAUUGGUGUUAAGUCAUUAUUUAUCACAUUCUUUCACGAGAGCAGUAAUAAAAGUGUGUAAUCUAGGAGAAAAAGUUAAUUUGUCAAAGUUAAGUAAGCAUGAUGUUUAGGUCCUAUUUUUCAAUUUUAUAACUGUUUUAUUGCAACAAUAUUUGUAUUUAAGUCUUCAUUUUAAUGCCUUGUGGUGUUUUUUUAUGCAUGUCACUGAAUUGUCAUCCCGCAAGAAUUGAUGUGCAGCAUAGGGUAUUAAAUCUACAUAAUGAUUUUGAAACAGAAAAAUAGUUGAUGGUAAAA